AUGUUUCCCGAAGACCAUGUAAAUCAUGAUAGGUUACACAAAAUUAGACCAUUAGUUGACUAUCUAAAUGCUAAAUUUAGUAGCAUUCCGUAUCGUAGAGACUUAGCACUUGAUGAACAGCUAUGUGCUACCAAAACCAGAAAUUAUUUAAAGCAAUACCUUCCGAUGAAGCCUCAUAAGUGGGGGUUUAAAUUGUAUGUGCUUAGUGACUACAAAGGAUUUUCUUACAAAUUUGAAAUUUAUACAGGGCAAGAAAAUCAAGAAAGAUUUCGAUUACAAAAUGAGGAAGAUUUAGGCUCUAGUGCCAAUGUAGUGAUAAGGUUGACUCGUGAAGUUCCUACUAAUGCAAAUUAUAGAGUUUAUUUUGAUAACUAUUACACAAGCAUUCCUCUAAUGGCAGCCUUAUAUCAAAAAGGAAUAUUGAGUGUAGGUACUAUAAGACGUAAUAGAAUUCCUAAUUGUAGAUUACCUGAUGAAAAGUUUUUUAAAAAACAAAUACAUGGUACGGCAUAUGAAUAUAUAACAUCUUACAAAGGAGCUCCGUUAAGUAACGUAGUAUGGAAAGAUAAUAAAUUAGUAACUUUAAUGUCAACAUACUGUGGUGUUGAACCUAAAUCAUCAAUUGAACGUUUUGAUAAAAAAUCUAAAAACAAAACGACAGUUGAAUGUCCUUUUAUAAUAAACUCACCAUAA